AUGGGAACGCGACGGGUCCGUCGAAAAGACGGCGAAUUUACACUUUUCUUCCGAAAAGUUAGCCCUUUUUCGAAUCACCAUCCUGCAGAAUUUGAUAGCGAUGGGGCGAUAAAUUUCGAGAAAGAGGUCAAACGAUUUUCGUGUACAGAACAGUUUUAUAUGUACAACAAGGCGUCGCUGAUGGAAGAUCGAAAAUUGAUGAGCGCCGUGCUGAGGUCCGAUAAUCCGAAGACCAUGAAGGCAAUGUGUUCUAAAGGGGCGUUGAGAGGGUGGAGAGAUUCAGAAUGGAACAAGCACAAGGAAGACGUCAUGUACAUUGGCUCAAAGGCGAAAUACAGUGCUUCUCGACACCUUUGCUACGCGCUUUUCCUCUCAACUGGAAGCCAGCUUGUGGAAUGCAGUCCGUUUGAUCCGGUCUGGGGAAUAGGGAAUAAUCUGGAAACGGUGAUAAGCGAUUCGUCGAUUUCGCUGAGCACUGGGCAGAACUUGCUGGGAAAGAUAUUAGAUCGAGUUAGAGACGAAUUGUGGGAGGAUGAGCAAUAUAGAAACGAGAGAGAAGAAGUCGAAAAACGACUGAAACUUGAUGACGAUUAUUUGCUGAAAGCCAUGAAACACGUGGAUUUGAUGUACAAGGAACGGGCGACAGUGAGAAGCUUAAUAUCCAUGGGCCACGUGUCACGAGACGAUCAAUCCUACCUGACUUCAGAAGUUCGACAGCUUCUACCGGAAUGGGCACUUCCACCGCCAAUAGAGAAAUUCGAGCCGAUUCGACCAUCUCCGCCGGUUAUCAUUGAUUUUCCAAGAACGCCUCCUAGAAGAUUCAUGACUCCGGAGCGAAUCUCUUCGGUUCACAAAAGAAGACGCAGAUCCUCAUCCAGACUGACGCUGAACAGAAGUUGGAGUAGAAGUCGUUCCAGAAGUCGCUCCAGAAGACGUUCUGAAAGAAAUAGAGUCAAGAAAAGAAAACGUGAAGAAGAUGACAGUGGAUCGGAGUCUCCACCCUGGGGAAUAUCAUGGAAAAGAAGAAGAAGGAGUAGAAGCGAUUCUAGAAGACGUUCCAGGAGUAGUAAAGAAUCUAGAAGACACUCGAGAAGUUCCGAAGAGAAAGAAGAACGACGACGACGAAAGAAGGAGAAGAGAUCACGUCGAUCAGAAUCUCAAGAGGAACGACGUCGGAUUCGGAAACAGAAGAAGCGGGAGAAGAAGGAGAAGAAGAAGGAGAAGAAGCAGCGUCGGAGAAGAAGGAGCUCAUCGUCCUCGACGUCUUCUUAA